UGAAAUCAAUUCAACAUGAAACUUCUGGUAGCCCUGGCGUUGGUGGGUCUGGUCCAAUCGGCUCCGACCGAGGACGUGGUAUCCCCAAUAGUGGUGGACUACCAUGAACAAGUUGGGAUCCCACUGGCCAAGAGGCUAAAGGCUGCUGAAAAUGCUGUGGACUUCGAUGGCGCAAGAAUAGCGGGAGGCACGCCUGCCAACCUGGGUGACCACCCCUACUUUGUCGGACUCGUGAUCUCGCUAGAAAGUUUUGAAGUCUCCGCUUGCGGGUCGACGCUCAUCUCCAACACUCGCGCGGUGACCGCCGCUCACUGCAAACGAUCUUCCUCAAACGCGGCCUUCGAAUUCGAAAUGGUCUUUGGCUCCGUGUUCCUCUUCGAGGGCGGUAACAGGGUAGUCAUCAACCAUGAGGAUGUGGAGAUGCACGAGGACUAUAAUUAUUACACCUAUGUUUACGAUGUCGCUAUAAUGAAAUUUGAUUGGAUCUCGUACACUGAUGUGAUCCGACCUAUUGAACUGUAUUCCGGCAGCGAACUCCUCGUCGGCAACUGGGCCCAGGCUUGUGGCUUCGGAAUGACUAGCCAGACCACACCCAUCACCACCAGUCAGUUCCUGUCCCACACGACCUUGCAAAUCAUCACCAACGAAGAAUGCCGCGCCGCGUACCCCGGAGCCACCGCCAUCCAAGAGUUCACCCUCUGCGUCGCCACUGGACCUACAGGAGCCACGUGCCCUGGAGAUUCAGGCGGACCUCUAGUCCUUAACAAUCAGCUGAUCGGUAUCACGUCUUUCGCGCACGUCAGCGGCUGCGAGAUGGGAAUCCCGGGCGGUUUCUCGCGAGUCAGCUACUACGUGCCUUGGUUCGCGGCUCGUAUGUAAACUUGUAAACACGGACGGAUAACGGUUUAUUUAUGUAAAUAA